UAGUCUCAUUCUCAUCAGUCGGGGAUUCGUUGGUUCGAGUGCUGUAUGUGAACACAAGUCACAAUGAACAGCAGUCCAAUUAUAAAAGUUUUGACACAAUUUUUCACCACAGAGUGAGUGAGAUGUGUGUUCGUUCAACACUUUCCCUUCCAUUAUUUCAUCACUUUGACACCGUCCUUCAGCGAUGAUGAUCAAACACACUUUCACUUCCAGAGAAAGAUAGAGCAUGUUUCCCUUGUAAGUACAUACAAUCAGUAACUCACGGAGUGUGUAUCCAAUCCUUGCAAAGGAGGAACAUGCUAAUUGAGACGACAGAACAACCUACGGUCACGGUCUGGUAUGAGCCAAACAAUGCUCAUCACACAAAUCCAUUAACUGUGCAAUGGAUUUGAGGAUCUUCAAACAGCAAUAAUCGACAUAUGCAUAACGUGGCAGCAGGUAUGUCACCAUCAGUGUCUUUACAUUAAUCGAGCCGUGGUUAAGAACGGGUAAAUUAAUUGGUGAAGCUCACUCCUCAUCCGACAUCACAGAUCAUCACAUCUUUCGAUUACUUAUUUUGUAGUUAUCACAAUUUACUACAAUUCUGCUGAGCUGUCGUCGGGUCCUUUAUCAUUUGUGUGUGUGCCUUGUCAUCAAUUCGGCUGACAAAUUUUUAGUGACAAAUAAUAACCAAAAGUGAAUUAGUAACGCAGUGAAAUAUAACACAAGUUGUGACAUAGUGGGAUUGGAUAUUGGAACGACGUUGACUUUGGACCUUUCAAUGGUCGAUACUUAUUCAACUGUAUAUUUCCGUCAACUUUGUGAGUUAAUUGGUGGAAUUAACCUUUCCUUCCGAACCCCACAGUUCGCUAUGAGUCAUCACCGCGACGGUGGGCUGGUGAGACCAAGAAAGAAAGUUUGGUAAGAAAUUCUGGAAGAACAUUUAACGAAUCCUCAUGCAAGGACACCUUUCACAAUUUAAUUGAAAUACUCAAUACCAACAUCUCGUCGAACUUCAAGUGUACUCAACUAAAGAGCCAAUUUCCACUCAUCCAUCCAUGCGGAUAACUACUAGUCAAUAGGAAUGAAUCAAAUCUGAUUUAUCAUCAUCAUCACUAUCAUCUUGUAAUAUAAUCUGUCUACACAGCAUUUUGUAGUCGGUAGAGGAACGUCCUCUCAUUCAUCACAUCAUCACAUAUUGAAAUUGUGAAUCACAUCACUACCAAUUAGCAGUACCAACCUACAACACAGGAGAUUUAUUCAGUCAGCUUCCUUUUUCAUCACUAAAACGACUAAAACACACACAACUAAACUACUACAUUUGGUAUUGUUCUUCUCUCUCAUUGAGAGAUUGACAUAGUAUUAUCGGGAUACCCUGCUGCUGCUGGUGUAAAAGUAUUAUACCUGAAUCUGAAUCUUGUCUGGAGUUUGCCAACUACAUAUAUUUUAAUCUUCGCAUGCAGCAGAAGAAUGGGUGUCGAAUGCAGAAGGAAAGAGAGUGACUUUUACUAUGUUUUGCACUCUCGUUAUCUAACCAUUUUUACUUUAUUAUCAGUUGAAUUUUCUUCAUCUUUUCCGUUUUGUAUAAAUAAGACUAGAAAUUCAGACAAGUUUGAUCAAUUAAUAUUUUGGUGUUGAUUUAAUUAGAUAUUUAAUUUAAUUUGUUUUUCUUGGAGUAAUUUUCCUUAGGAAUUCAGUUUAGUUUUUUACGGAUAGCAUCGUUGUGGUUUAUAAUUUAUGUCAUUUAAUUAUUAUACUCCAAGUUGUUGAUUUUUAAAUUACAUUUUGUGUCUCGUCCAUUAUUUAUCUCUUGUAAAUUCAAAAUGAGGGUCGUAGCUUUAAUUAGUGGUGGUAAAGACAGUUGUUUCAACAUGAUGCAGUGCGUAGCAGCUGGUCACGAAAUUGUAGCACUUGCGAAUUUACAACCGGCGGCGUGCAACGGCAAAGAUGAGAUUGAUAGUUACAUGUACCAAACGGUGGGUCAUGAUGGAAUAGAUCUAUACUCUGAAUCGUUGGGCUUACCACUGUUCCGAAGAGUGAUUGCUGGUAAUGCAGUUGUUCAGGACAAAGAAUACUCCCCAACCCCAGGAGAUGAGGUUGAAGACUUGUUUGAAUUGCUGGCUGAUGUUAAGAAAUCAAUUCAAUACGAUGGGAUUGCUGUUGGUGCUAUUCUGUCGGACUACCAAAGAAUACGCGUAGAAAAUGUAUGUAAAAGACUAGGAUGUGUUUGUCUGGCAUAUUUGUGGAGAAGAGAUCAAGUGGAACUACUCCAAGAAAUGAUUGAUUGUGGAGUUAAUGCAAUUAUAAUUAAAACGGCCUCAUUGGGUCUGGACCCAGAUGUUCACUUAGGACAAUCGAUUAGUGAAAUGCAAACGCAUUUGUUAGAAUCUAAGGGAAAGUAUGGAAUUAAUGUUUGUGGUGAAGGUGGCGAAUAUGAAACUUUCACAUUGGACUGCCCUCUGUUCAAGCAAAAAAUUGUGUUAGAUGACUAUGAGAAAAUUAUUCACUCAAACGAUGCCUUCGCUCCUGUGGGCUACUUGAAGUUGAAAAAAGCUCAUCUGGUCAACAAAAAUGAUGAAGGGGAGAGUGUUUCCCCCGAUUCUGAAAACCGUGUUUCUGAUCUGAAAAAAAUGUACCAAAAGUUUCGCCUUAAUGGACUACCUGUAAAAUCACCUUUGGAUUAUCUCAAGGAUUUAAUAGAAUGUACCAAUGCUGAUUGCUGCGAUGGACACGUUGAGCUUUGCACUUUAGAAUCUGGGGAUAAACCUCAUGGGCUUUGCUGUAAAUCAUUAGACACUCAUCAGGACGAAAAACAUUUAUUAAAAGAAGGAGAGUCUCACAACAACGGAGAUUUAAGAGACGUUCCUAUCCCUGUGCCGCACAUUGUACCAUUGUGUCAGCAUGUCAGACAAACUCUUCCAUUUCCCGAGAACACCCUUCGUGUCACUGGUAAUACAGGUGGAUGGUUAUGGGUCAUGGGAAUACAAGGACGUAACACAGAAACUAAUGCACCAAUGAAGGAUGCGUUGAGGUCUUUGAAACACAUUAUUGAAAAUCGCGGAAUGAGCUUGGCGGAUCUUAUUAGUAUUUGCAUGUAUGUUUCCGACAUGGACGAUUAUGCUCAAUUUAAUUCAGAAUACAACGAAUUCUUUGAGUCUCAACCACCUGUCCGAGUUUGCGUUGAGGCUUCUCUACCAAAAGAUAUCCCAAUUUUGAUGGAAGCUGUUGCGUAUUCAGUUCAACCAGGUAGUGAUGGAAGUAUGAGACAGUGCAUGCAUGUUCAAGGCAUUUCUCAUUGGGCACCUGCUAACAUUGGACCAUACAGUCAAGCUAUUUGGGUGGGUGACAUUAUUUACGUCGCUGGCCAAAUCGGUUUAGUUCCUGGUAGUAUGACGCUUGUCCCUGGGGAUGCAAAGAUGGAAUGUAAACUAGCUCUAAGAAGUUUGAACAGAAUUAUUAAAGCUACAGAUCACAAAGUUGAACUGAGGGAUGUUGUUCAGGGGAUUUGCUAUGUCACGGAUGUCAGCUACAUUGCAGACUGUCGUCACGAAUGGGAAAAACUUACGAAUAAUGCUAUCGUUGAGUAUCUAGUGGUGCCACGAUUGCCUAGAAAUGCUAAAAUAGAAUGGUUUACCUGGAUCCAUAAGCAUAAUGCUGCAUUUGAAUAUGAAGAAACGGGGUGCUAUGUUGGCAGUGGUAUCAAAAUUCGAAUCAUUCGACGUUGGAAUUACGAGAACAGGGUUUCGGCUAUUGUGUGCAGAGCAACGAUAAGUAAUGAAGAAUCUGUUUUUGGACGUCAGGAAUUGAAAGAAAUGAUCGAGUAUGGAUUAAGUAAACUUCUUAGAGAUGCGGAAAAAUACGUCGAAUGUUCUGUUAGACUAUUUUACAAAGCUGUUGAUCCACGUAGAGCCGUUGAUCCGUCUGAAAUUUUUAAUACACUUGAAGAAGAAUGUUCUAAAUAUUCAAUUGCAUUCUCAAUUUUGCCAGUUAGUUCAUUAAUGGUGGAAAACACCCUAGUGAGUCUUUGCGGCGUUAGACAUUAAUUUGCAAAAAAAUAUCUCACGUGCAAAUUAUUUUCAAGUUCCGAUUACGUAAUUAAUAUUAUAUAUAUAUAAUAUAAUAUAUAUAUGAGAGGGUGAUAUUGUGAAAAAAUAUAUAAAACCUUUUGUAUGCAUGCCAAAAUCCGAGUGAAAUUAAGGCUGAAGGAUAUAAUCCUGUGAAUCAUUUAAAAAAUUAUUUUUCAGUUUGUAUUUUCUAAAUUAAUUAAAAAUACCUGCAUAAUUUUUUGGAAAAGUUGAUAAACUCAUUAUUUGGAUUGUUUUGAGUGUACGACGGUAGUGAAUAUCGAUAAUAUUAAAAUGCUGCCGAUCUACGUUGUCGAUACUUAUCGUUAGGCCCGCUCAAUAUGUUCCGAUUAGUGAUACGAUAUUUACAUAUAUAGUCAAUACAAAAAAAUAUAUGUACCAAAAUAAUCAAUGUACUUUGAAAUCAGAGUAAUCAAAUUUUCACCUUUAUGAAACUAUUGAAGUGACGUGAGUGAUGUUAAUAAUUCAUUCACUACAAGAUCGUGUCACAAGGAUUUGCCUUGAAUAAUUGUGCGGUGAAUUUGGUGACGACGACGUGAUCAUCAUGAUGAUUUCCGAGUGAAAGCCUGCUGUGCUUGGCUUGCCAUUGAUUCAUAUAAGAAUUAAUAAUAUUAUGAAGGUUAUAAUAAUUAUAUAAAUUUAAUUGCGUAUGAUGCCAAAUUGUCAGUUAAUUCUCCGUCAAUUAUAUGUUGCCGAGUGUUGUUGAAACUUAACAAGUGCCUUUACUGAUUUUACACCACUUAUAAAAAUGCCAGAAAACUCACUCUUUCUUUGUUACUUGAGAUAUGGCUUUUUUGCUUUUCCUUUUCAACUCUUAUGACCCUCUGGGAUUCAUAAAAAGAAAUAAACUUGUAGUGAAAGGA